UCCUCCUCCUCUCCCCUCCUCCUUUCAUCACCUCCAUCCUUCCCUCCUCACCACCUCCUCUGUUGCCCACUGUGUAUCGCGCAUACCGAGCAACGAUGCCCCCGCCGCUCUCGUUUGAGCGCAACGGGCAGCGUAUAUUCAUCCUCAACCCUCCUGACGACUCCACAACGCCUCCACCCUCCGCCACAGGCACCAAUUUCCAAGACACCGAUGACGGACUCCUAUCCUCGCCAACUGACACUGCUCGGGAUGGGGAGUUCUUCGGUUCUAAAGACGCGGCGAGGAAGAUCUACCAAUGUGAUGUAUGCUUGAAAUCCUUCACGACCUCGGGCCAUCUUACCAGGCACGCACGCAUACAUACAGGGAUCAAGCCACAUGUAUGCCCCUACCCAGGGUGCGAUAAAGACUGCAGCAGGAUGGACAACCUAAUCCAACACUAUCGGGUUCAUGUGCCUAGAGAGGAUCGCGGCCGUGGCAACUCUUUCAUCCGCACCUGUAUGAUCGACCUGAUGGCAACGAAAGCUGGAUCCCCUUCCCAACAGGGCAAGGUAUCCGUAGAACGUUCUGGCAACUCGCUUGUAGCUCGUAAGACUGUCGACAUCGACCAGUCGUCCAAUGCGGCUAGAUCGCCCGAGGAGGUGACAAGGCGGUCGUCCUUCGCUUCCAGAAGUGAAGACCGCGUGCCCUUCUCACCCGGUAGCAGCCGUUCUCCAACGCUCGCCUCUCCAGCUGAAUCUGCGAUGAGUGGAGCCACCGCUGCCGUGAUCACGUCGACAAACGAAGAAGACGCGAAGCUACUGGUGUCGCUCUGGCAGCUUCCCGCCUCCCCGCACAAGGAGUCUUUCCUUCGCGGCAAUUACGCCUCCAAUUGA